CGGAGAGUCUAUUCUAGCGCCAUUUCUGCUUGCGACCAUGACAGGCAAUGAUCUGUUUCUCAAGGUUCAUCAUCUAUCCCACCUGUGGAGCAUAGAGGACAUAGCGCCUUAUUGCCCCUGCCAGACUCAGCAUCCUCGUCGAUUUAGCCCCCAAAUCCAUCUCAAUGUGGACUGUUUCUUGGCAACGUGUUGGACAAAACACUCCUUUGGGAUGAGAUAGGCGCUUCGCCAAACUUGGGGGCCGAACGCUCUCCUAAGAAGUCCUCCCCCUCGUGUCCGGAAUUUCUCCAUAUACUUUUUCUGAGCCCCCGACCGACCUCGAGGCAGGGAUCUCAACAACCAUGCGGCUUAUAACGCUUCUCUCGUCUUUGCUAUUUCUUUCUGCAGUAUCUGCUUCCACUUGCUACUGGCCGAGUGGGAAGGCCGCGGCUGAUACUUGGCUACAAUGUCCAGAUAGCAAACACUGCUGUGCAGAGGGCGAGGCUUGUCUUUCUAAUGGUCUUUGUGUUGCUGGGACGUACAUGACUGUCUAUCGUGGAGCAUGUACGGAUAAGUCGUGGCCUAUAUCGGAGUGUCCUCGAGUUUGCUAUGAAGAGAUCACCGAUGGGUGGGCCAAUCUCUACCCUUGUCCUAGCAAUGACAACGAGGUGUUCACCUGUGGAACUAGUGGCUGGGCCAGUCACGUCUGCGAACAACAAUUGGGCAAUUAUACUUGGGUUGGCAGUAAUGUCACAGUAGCCCAAUUGGGGGUCACCACUUCAUCAACCGCGUCCUCAUCCACAACCACCUCGGCAUCCUCUGGGUCAACCGAGACCACGAUCGUCACGUCCAGUUGUACGGCUUCAGCCGUGGGAAACGAUGCUACCAUGAAGACAGGACUUGGCGUUGGACUUGGGUUGGGUAUUCCUUUGCUGCUGGCAGCGGCUGGUAUGCUGUGGUUCUACGUGAACACCCGCCGUCGGAUUCAAUCAUUGCAACGGAGAUUGAACGAGCAAGGCGCUGUACAUCUGGCUCCACGCGGACAACAUGCUCGUCUUCCUCUCCAGGAGUUGGACACGGGGAAGCAAAAUUGGCCGGAAAUUCAAUCGACUCACCGUUCGGAAUUGAGUUAGAAAGUCUCAGGUUGUUUGAUUGAUUUUUUCACCAAGCCUUAUAUGAAGCUGUAAAUAUUGUCUAUUUUCUUAAGC